ACGGAUGAGAUAUCAUUUUAUUUCGGUUAACAGUGAAAUAAAACACAUACACUGAUUCUUGUUAUCGAAGAAGCUUGACAUUAUCUUUAACAUUUACAUAGUGCGUCAUCUUUGGGAGGUACUGCAAUGAAAUGGAUUACCAAUUGUACAUUACGUUAUUAUGAGAAAUACCUCAUCGACUUUCGAGCAAAAUGAAGCGUCCCGCUGUUUCUGUCGUCUGCUGUUUGGCAGUUGUCGUCUUCCUGUUGAUGACGUUUGCAAUAUGUGCUGAUGAAGUCACAUACAGCAUCAUAGAAAACAGAACACCCGGAUAUUACAUUGGAAACAUAGCCCAGGACAGUGACGUCACCCAAAAUGUUUCAGAAAGUGUUACGUAUAGGUUUUACGAGGACAACCAAUUCACAAAAUACUUUGUGAUUGAUAAUACAAAUGGAAAUUUAAACACUUCGGCAACAGUCGUCGACCAUGAAGAAUUGUGUUCGUUUCCAAACUGUCAAAUGACGUUUGAGGUGUCCGUCAUUGGUAAACUAUUCUUUGACAUUGUCGAUGUUACGGUUAAUAUUCUUGACGAAAAUGACAACGCUCCUAUCUUUACCAAUGCGAAGGAUGUUAUUAAUAUCUCAGAAGAUGCUGAAGUCAGCCUUGUGUAUGACAUUGCCACGGCAUCAGACGCUGACAUGCUAGAGAAUAAUACGAUUCGAGGAUACACGCUCGUGCCUAGCUCGGACAAGUUUUCGCUGGUUGGCGUCAAAAACUCGAAUGAUUUCGUUUUAAAACUAAAGCUGGAAACUUAUUUGGAUAGAGAGACGCAAGACAAUUACAAUCUGGAGCUUUUGGUGUUUGACAGCGGAAAACCAAGUGCAAUGACAUCUACACAUUCGUUUGUUGUCAAUGUUUCCGACUUUAAUGACAACCCUCCGAUGUUCGACUCCAAGGAAUAUAAAGUGACUGUAAAUGAAACAAUUAUUCCAAACACUGUCAUACUGACUGUUUCUGCGACGGAUAAAGAUAGCGGUGAUAAUGGCAGAGUUUCCUACCACAUAAAACGGCAGUCCAACGUGGAUACGAUCGAACGCUUUUUCAAAGUUAAUGAAGAUACAGGAAAUAUUUCUGUGAUUUCGGAAUUAAGACACGAAUCUGCUGAAAUGUAUGAAUUUAUCGUUGAAGCAAUGGACAACGGCAUCUCACCUCUAACUAAUGAAACGACAGUAAAGGUCAGUGUAAAUGAUGUAGAAAACAACGCUCCAGCCAUUGUUAUUAAGUUGUUCAAACCCGGAAAUAUAGACUACGUUGAUGUUGAAGAAAACCAGCCGACUGGGUUCUUUAUCGCUCACGUGGAUGUUACAGACAAUGACAAGGGAGACAGUGGUAAAUAUUCAUGCAAUAUAACCAACUCUGUGUUUCGGUUAGAAACCUUCCAGAACCGUGGAUUUAAAGUAAUAGCAUCUGGGCAGCUAGACAGGGAGACUGUCGCCAUGCACAAUGUGACUGUGUUGUGCCACGACUAUGGUAUACCUCCGAAAUACUCGUCCAAAACAUUCUUCGUUCGUGUGACUGAUGUCAAUGACAAUGAUCCUGAGUUUUAUAAACCGGUGUACCUGGUGUCAAAGAAUGAGAACAUGAAAGGCGAGGUUGUCACUCGUGUCAGUGCAAGAGACUUUGAUGCUGGAAAUAAUGGAACUGUUGAGUAUCUUUUAGAAAAUCCAAAUGGUGACUUUUCAAUCGAUAACUCAACAGGAGUGGUCAAGAUGGAAACUGAUUUGGACAGAGAGGAGAUGGAUAUCCGGGUGUUCCGUGUGCUGGCAGUGGACAAAGGACAAGCACGGCGGACUGGAACCGCCACCGUGUCCUUGACCUUGAUAGACGUGAAUGACAACGCGCCGGUAAUUGUUCCUACGAGACCAGAGUUCAAGAUUGCCGAAAACCUUGUUGCCAACACAAGUGUAGGACUAAUACAUGCGGAGGACAGGGACAUUGGUGACAAUGCUAAAUAUGACUUUUCGUUUGCCCCAUUACAAACUGCGCUGCCUUUUGAUAUAUUGCCAAAUGGUGAAAUUAGAACUAAACAGACGCUUGACCGCGAGCAACAUUCUCGGUACGAUAUUCCUGUCAAGGUGACCGAUCAUGGUAACCCGGCACUGAGCAGUACACAGUCUGUUACCAUUUUUGUCACAGAUGAAAAUGACAACGCACCAAUAGUCUCAUUUCCCAAUGACAGUAACAAUACGGUCCAGUUUCUGUACCAGAUGGGCGGCUACAAUGUUGUCACGACCAUCUCUGCCCAUGACACAGAUGCUGGUGCUAAUGGGACGCUAGUGUUCUCUAUUAUUGGCGGAAAUGACGAAAACAUAUUCGAAAUUGACCCCGAUCUAGGCGAACUUUCUAUUAUCAACUACAUUGACAUUAAGGAAGACCAAACCGUCACUCUUACAAUUGAAGUAAAAGACAGAGGUACAAGUCCAAAAUCUAUCCGUGUAAAUCUUAUUGUGGAACUCAUUUACACCAACGGUACAGGCGCUAAAGCAAUACAAGGGGACUCAAACAAUAAAUAUAUUAUAAUAUCUGUUGUGGUAAUAAUAACGACUAUCGCCGUUGCCGUGGCAAUCAUUGUCGUGAUACUUUUCCUUCGUAACGCGGACCGCCGGAAGCACCACGAGGAUCUUGGCGCGAGGUAUUCCGAUUCUGGCAUUUCCUCUGGCUCCGAUUCUCAUCCUCCGGACGCAGAAGUGUCGGGGAAGGAGGAGGGACCAGGCGGCAGGAAGAAGAAGGAAGUUAGCUUUUCUCUGCAGUUCUCGCUGGACGGGAUUGGCGGCGGGAAAAACGAGGAAUCAAACACCGAAGAAUAUGAUAAAGCGCGAUACUACGACGGGCCUCCGUCCAGUGUCCCCCCGCACGGGCCUCCGAUGUACAGCGUGCAGAACCAGGAGAAAAUCGACUCCCACAUGAAGGCUCUAAAACUACAGCAGUACCUCUGGGAGGCCAAGACAAGGGUGUGGGAAAAUACGCAAGAGGUGCGACAGCUUCCUCUUGGUGACAGCGAGAGCGAGACGUCCCGUGACACGGUCACGUGCGACAGUGGGCGGGGUGGCAGCGAGGAGGAUGUCUCCACCGCCUCACCGGUCAAUGAGGACAAAAGUGUGUUCGGAAGUCUGGAUUCGAGAAGUCAGCGACACGUGACGUUUCUGCCUCAACCCUAUUACCAUAGUAACCUGUCGACUUCCUCGGUCCGGGAGAGCACGCCCAUCCAUCAAGCCCCGGGCUCUCACAGACCUCAUCAAGUUCAGGGGUCUCACAGACCGCAGUCUUAUAAAUACUCAAAGCCAGAACAACAACUACACAAUAAACUUGCCAUAAAGAACUUCACAAAUCCGACAUAUAGUGCUCAAAAUAGUUACCCUAAUCAAAUGCCUAUGCCACAUUUGGAACUUUGGAGAGACGGGUAUUACCAGGGUGGCAUGCCAGCGCGCCCGCGUCAUGACAGUGGUAGUUCCUUCCGGUCUAACGAAGACGACGGAGGUUCGACCACGACUUCCGGUAGCUACACACUCGAACAGAACGAUAUUGACGUCAUGGACUUGUACGGUCACCAUGGCGACCUGGUGGUGUGAGAAUCACCGGAUAUGACGAUAUUUUAAACUGUGAUAUUUAAGGUGAAGACUCGUGCAAUGAUUGUUUUAAAUAUACUUCACAAAUAAAUUAUGUUCAGACCAGAUACUGCUUCUGCAAUUGUUGAAACAAAUUCUGCAGGAUCUUAAAUGAACCACUAUGACGGUCUUCCAGUUUCCCGGGAUGUGUGGCCCUGAUUCCGGCUUUUGUAUGUACCAAAGAAGUUUGAAUGGAGACGAACCACUUUGACGAACAAAGGCCAGCUUCGCUUUUGCUCUAAUUGAGACGCCAAUUUUGAUGUGCUAUUAAAAUGUUGAUUGUUUUUGCUUUUACAUCCAUGUAUUAACUGUGUGCGUAUUCAAUAAUUGUUCGUAUUAAUUACCCAUCAAUGUGUAUGGUAUUAUAUCAGAUAGGACAUGAUGAUAACAAAGUUCACUUUUAAUGAGUUCAUUAGAAAAACGACUACCGUGGACAAAAUCAAUCAAUGUAUACUCGUUUUCAAAUGUGACACAAUUAUUUUGGACACAAAACAUUCAUGACUAUAAAAUAGUUUCAACAUGUUUGAAUCAACGAAAUUACAAGUCACAUCUAUUUUCCUCGUUUCCAUCGAUCAUUUGCUCGUUGCAAACAGAUUUGACAUACUUUACUAUGAUUAACAUUUGUAAAAUGUUGUUAUCAUUUCAUUGUUAUUAUGUGUUAUGUUUCUUAUUAACCUGCUUAGACCUUUUUCUAUCAAUCAUUGACUAAGCAGCUGUCUAGAUCUCAAUAUGACUGUAAAAAAAACAUGAAUAUAUUGUGAAAACUAC